AUGGCUGCCCACAGGUGUGCUUCAGUUAUGGCCGACCCCGAUUCAGAUCGCGAUUCAGGCAUGGCUGAGUCCGAUUCAGAUUGUGAUUCAGGCAUGACUGAGUCCGAUUCAGAUCGCGAUUCAGGCAUGGAUGACUCCGAUUCAGAUCGUGAUUCAGGCAUGGCUGAGUCCGAUUCAGAUGCGGACGAUAGUGAGGUGGAGCUCGAGAUUGCCACAGCCUACAUUCAGCUGUGCAUAGAGUACGUGCAAAAGUACUACAUGAAGCGACCUAGGUGCACUAGUAUCCUGAGUGGGAGGUCAUAUGUGAUUGAAGUACUAGAAGGAAAUCCGCAAGUGUGUUAUGACAUAUUCCGCAUGGAGAAGGCCAUUUUUAUACACUUGUGCAAUGAGUUGAAGCGGCUGCACCUAUUAGAGGAGGACACUGGUUGGGUUUCAGUUGAGGAGUCCGUUGGGACAGUGCUAUAUAUUGUCGGACACAACGCUGACUACCGGGUAACUGCCAACCGCUUCCAACAUUCUCUCGAGACCAUUCAAAGGCGGUUCCGGCGUACCUUGCGUGCUAUCCAUGCUUUGGGAUGUAUCAUCAUCCGGCCUGACGUUGAUGCAGCUGAGCUCCCUCAAUCACUUCGAGAGAAUGGGAAAUAUUAUCCAUGGUUUGAGAAAUGUGUGGGAGCUAUCGAUGGGACGCAUAUAAGUGCCUCUGCCCCAUCCGCUAGGACUACCGCAUUUCGAGAUAGACGGAGUGAUAUCACCCAAAACGUGAUGUGUGCAUGCAACUUUGACAUGCGGUUUACAUAUGUGCAUUCGGGAUGGGAAGGGAGUGCAAAUGAUUCACGAGUCAUGCAGGAUGCACUUGGACAUGCCGAGUAUGAGUUCCCUUGGCCGCCUAGAGGAUCGUACUACCUCGUUGACUCGGGAUACGCUAUAGGCAGUGCAUUCCUCCCCCCACACAAGUCCACACGCUACCAUGCCCAAGAGUUUCGGGGUGCGAACCGGCAGCCUAGUACCCCACAAGAGUUGUUCAAUUAUAGGCAUUCCUCAUUACGCAUGGUGAUUGAACGAUGCUUUGGCGUCUUGAAGGCGAGGUUCCCUGUUUUGACUGGAAUGCACUCCUUCUCUAUCUCUAGGCAACGGCUGAUUGUGACUGCUUGUUGUGCAUUGCACAACUUUAUUCGCAUGUAUAAUCGGGCAGAUGAACUGUUCCAUGUGUGGGAAGGAUCAUUUGUGCGUAAUGGAGACGCAAACAUAGCAGGAGUUGCACGCGUAGGUAGUGGGGGCACUGAGGAAGCUUUUAAUUCUCGGGCACAACGAGCAAUGUCGGAGUAUCGUGAUGUGGUAACUGCUGCUAUGUGGGCAGAUUACAUUGUUCAAUGA